CCUAUUUAAAUUUAAGGAUAUUCGAGGUUUAUUUAACCCCCGUGCAACUCGGCCCUUGGGACACCAAAGAGUCCAAAGACCAAAGAGCAUGUUUGCCCAAAUGAUUUGUUUUUUUUAGUAAACUGCGCAUGCGCCCAUUCGUGUUUCGUAGCAAAGCAGCGCGGCGACCAAUCAGAUAAUACAAUAUAGCCAUUAUCUCUCUAAAGAGUCUAAAGAGCGGGCGGGCAAAGAGUGGCACGGGGGUGAAUUUAACCUUUAACCUCAAAUUAGCCUUAAAUUUCGCAUGGUACAAUUCAAGAGGGUGUUUUCACAAACGCAACAGUGUUUUCUCCCUGAAGACUUGGUUUUACGGUAAUAGGUAUAAAAGAAACUUUAAACUGCUGAACUGAAGAUGGAACCUCCCCAAGAGAGGCACCGGGCGGGGGCCCUGAAACAACAAAACAAAGCUCACAAGCACGGACGGCAUCGCAGCAAGGGCUCUCUGGACAAAAUUAAUAGAGGCAAAGUUGGGCCGAAAUCAGUCGUCAAGACGAACAAAAGGGACCUGAGGAGGGACGAGCGCCGCAACAAGGCGGUGCAGAUUCGUCACAAUAAGAGGGAGGAGACUUUUGCACAGAAACGGCAGGUCGGUACGGCCAAGACUCCGCCAAUUUUGGUGGCUAUCAUCGCCCUUUCCAAGGAUGUGGAUCCCUUCUUGGCCAGGGACAAACUGCAAACAAGUGAGGCCGACGUAACCACAACUCGAAGUGGGGAAGGCUACAUCCAUUUGAGCGUUCCUCGGCUGAAACAGCGCUUCUCAAUUUUUGCCCCGCCAGCAGGCGACUUGAAUUCUGCUCUGGACAUUCUUAAAGUUGCUGAUUCAGUGCUGUUUGUCUUGUCUGCUUUUGGUGAAUGCAUUGACGAAGAGGGAGAAAUACUGUUGCAAGCUGCUUUCUCUCAAGGUCUCCCAACCCCUGUCAUCACGGCCACAGACCUAGCAGAACUUCCCAUAAAAAAACGAAAUGAGGUCAAGCAGAACAUGCAGAAAGUCUUUUCGAGGUGGCUUCCUGAGGAGAAAGUUAGUCAGCUGGAUACUGAGAUGGAUGCCCAGGUUAUUUUGCGGCGGCUGGGAGUUCAGAAGAGGAAACUCAUCGCCCAGCGCCAGAACAGAUCUCACAUGGUGGCCGAUGAAGUGCAAUUUGAGCCUCAGCAGAACGGAUUUGGCACGCUGAAGGUGACAGGGUACAUCCGAGGUCAGCCGCUGGACGUCAACGGCUUGGUUCACAUCACUGGCUGGGGUGACUUCCAGCUGGAUCGAAUCGAAGCUCCUGUUGACACCCACCCCUUGCUCCUCAACUCCUCUCGCAAAGGCUCUGCGGAGGCUGACAUGGAGGAUUCCUCCGUGCGCCUCUUGGACCAGGCCAAUCCACAAGAUCAGGAAAGUUUGGUGGCGGAAAAUGUGCCUGAUCCCAUGGACGCAGAACAGACUUGGCCCACGGCUGAAGAAUUGGAGGACGCAGAGUCAAGGACCAAUAAGAAAAAGAUCGUCAAGAAGGUGCCAAAGGGAACUUCGGAAUAUCAGGCAGCCUGGAUUCCCGACAGCGAUGGAGAAAGCGUUGAUGACGAGGACGAGGACGAGGAGGAUGACGAAGAGGACCCUAUGUACGAUGCUGUGUCUGAUGAAGAAUCUGAAUGUGAUGAAAAUGAAGAAGAUGACAUGGAGUCAGUCACAAUGUCUGAGGUCCCUGAGAGUUCCAAGUACGACAAAGACAUGGAUGCAGAGGAAGAAAAAUUAGCUCUAGAGAAAAUUAAAGAGGCAAAAAUGGAUCAGAUGUUCCCUGAUGAGAUGGACACCCCUCAAGACGCGCCUGCCAGGGUUCGCUUCCAGAAAUACCGAGGACUGAAGUCUUUCCGAACCUCACCUUGGGACGUUAAAGAGGAGCUGCCUCUCGACUAUGCCAGGAUAUUCCAAUUUGAAAAUUUUGCCAACACCAGGAAGAAAAUUUUGGCCUUCCAAGAUCGACCUGGAUCACUGCCUGGGUGGUAUGUGACGAUGCACAUUAAAAACGUGCCGGAGAAACUCAUGCUGAAAAGGGAACCUGGUCAGCCAGUUGUGCUGUUCGGAAUGCUACCUCACGAGCGCAAAAUGUCUGUUUUGAACGUGGUACUGAAAAGAUGCACCUUUGGAGAUCAAGAGCCGAUCAAAUCCAAGGAAGCGCUCAUUUUCCAACUCGGCUACAGGCGUUUUGUUGUGAAUCCCAUUUUCAGCCAGCACACUAACGGAAACAAACACAAGUACGAGCGCUACUUCCAGCCUGAAGGCAUGAUUGUGGCCACGUUUUUCGCGCCAAUCAUGUUUCCACCAGCUUCGUGUUUGGUUUUCAAACCAAAUUCUGAUGGAACUGAGAAUCUUGUUGCGACUGGAAGUCUGCUGUCUGUAGAUCCUGACAGAGUGGUUUUGAAACGUGUUGUUCUCAGUGGCCACCCAUUCAAGGUCAACAAAAAGUCUGCAACCGUUCGUUUUAUGUUCUUCAACAGGGAGGACAUCAAUUGGUUCAAACCUGUUGAAUUGAAGACAAAAUAUGGCCGAAGAGGACAUAUUAAAGAGCCUUUAGGUACUCAUGGUCACAUGAAGUGCGUCUUUGAUGGACAGCUCAAGUCUCAGGACACGGUCCUGUUGCAUUUGUACAAACGCGUUUUUCCUAAAUGGACCUACGAUCCGACAGUUCCAGAAAAUACAUCAGCUGAGGUUGAAAUGUCCGAACUGGAAUCUUAAGUAGCCAUUACUUAAAUGAAAUAAAAAUUUCUAAAGCUUUA